GUUCGGUUUUAAUCGGCAGAAGUUUUUUCCAAAUCGGGUACAAGUCCGAAGCUUGAGGUUCUUCUUCUCUCCUCUUUCUCCAUUCCGCCACUGAUUUUCAAGGAACUAGCGGAAAUUUUGAGUGGAGAAAGAAAGAGGGAGAUUAGUGUGCAAUGGCCAUUGACAAGGGCAAGCUUCAAGAAGAAGAAGCUUCAGCUGUUACUCGUUUCUAUAGCAUUAUUUUGGGUUGGGACUAUAAACAGCUUACAAAGGAGAAUAAUAGGAAAAGCAGGAAGGAUUCUAAAGGGAUCCUGAAUGUUGUGAAGAAUACUUACAAAGAUGCUGAUGACUAUUUCGAGACUUUUGAACCACUGCUCUUCGAGGAAGUCAAAGCUCAAAUCUUGCAGAAUCAAGAUGGUGAAGAAGCCUCGGUGUGUAAAAUGAGAUUGGUAAUGGAGUGCAGCGAGGCUGAUGGGUUUCACUUUCUGCUAGUCACUUAUGAGCACGACGAGGACGAAUAUCUUGGUCCAAAUGAUCUCUUGUUGCUAUCAAAAGAAGAGUUUAAAGGGAAUUCAUUUCCUUCAUCUUAUGGGUUUGCUGUAGUGGAGAAUCGUCAGAGUAAUCUUCUUCGUCUUCGGAUGUAUUUAGCUGAAGAUGUGGUGCAGAUAACCAAAAAAACUAAAUCCUCUAGGACAAAGCCAUUUAUCCAAGCCCUGUCGAAUAUGCGUUCUCUUAUUACAUCGUCUGCCAGUGCUGUAGACAAAAGGGUGUUCAGUUUAAAGUUAAGUGGUUUAUCAACCAUUAUUCGGGAAUAUAUAGCACUACGAUCAGUCAGCUCACUCCCGUUCAAGGAUUUAAUCUUUACUGCUGCUGAAAAGUCUUGUGGUUUUGGAGAUGAGGCGUGGAAAAUAUCUGGUCCUCUGAAUGAAUUCUUUACCGAAAAUCUUAAUAAAUCCCAAAAGGAGGCAAUUGAUGUUGGUCUAUCAAGAAAAUCCUUCAUCUUAAUACAGGGUCCUCCAGGUACUGGGAAAACUCAGACGAUUCUUAGCAUUCUUGGUGCCAUCAUGCAUGCUACUCCAGCUAGAGUCCAAUCGAAUAAUGUGGAGCAUGAAGUAAAGGGUCGAGUUCAGAUGACCAUUGAGGAGAGGUACAAUCACUGGGGACGAGCUUCUCCUUGGAUUCUUGGUGUCAACCCUCGAGAUGCUAUUAUGCCUGAGGAUGGUGAUGAUGGUUUUUUUCCAACCUCAGGAAAUGAUAUGAAACCCGAGGUGGUUAACGCAAGCCGGAAGUUUAGAAUACGUGUACUUGUCUGUGCUCCAUCAAACUCUGCGCUUGAUGAGAUUGUGUUGCGGCUUCUGACUACUGGUCUUCGUGACGAAAACGCCCAGACGUACACACCCAAAAUAGUACGAAUUGGUCUCAAGGCGCAUCACUCCGUCAUGUCAGUGUCACUGGAUCACCUUGUGGCACAAAAGCGUGGCUCAGCCAUUGAUAAACCUAAACAAGGAACCACAGGAACUGAUAUAGAUAGUAUCCGCACUGCAAUUUUGGACGAAGCUGCAAUUGUAUUUGCUACCCUAAGCUUCAGUGGCUCAGCACUUCUCGCUAAAUCAACCCGUGGUUUCGAUGUCGUUAUCAUAGAUGAAGCUGCACAAGCUGUUGAGCCAGCUACCCUUAUCCCCUUGGCGACUAGGUGCAAACAAGUGUUUCUGGUAGGGGAUCCAAAACAACUCCCAGCUACUGUAAUCUCAACUGUUGCUCAGGAUUCUGGCUACGGUACAAGCAUGUUCGAGAGACUUCAAAAGGCUGGCUAUCCUGUGAAAAUGUUGAAGACUCAAUACCGGAUGCAUCCAGAGAUAAGGAGCUUUCCUUCAAAGGAGUUCUAUGAAGAGGCACUUGAAGAUGGAUCUGACAUUGAAGCACAGACUACUCGCGACUGGCAUAAGUACCGCUGCUUUGGUCCGUUUUGCUUUUUCGACAUACAUGAAGGGAAAGAGUCUCAACAUCCAGGAGCAACUGGUUCUCGGGUGAAUCUAGACGAAGUGGAGUUUGUGCUUCUCAUCUACCACAGGCUCGUGACCAUGUACCCUGAGCUCAAGUCAAGCUCUCAGCUAGCUAUUAUAUCGCCGUAUAACUACCAAGUAAAAACUUUCAAAGAUCGGUUCAAGGAGAUGUUUGGUGCAGAGGCAGAGAAAGUGGUUGAUAUCAAUACUGUCGAUGGGUUCCAGGUUGUUGGUUCAGCUGCAACAUUAAAGAGCGAUCCGCUAUGGAAAAACCUAGUAGAAAGUGCAGAGAAGAGGAACCGAUUGUUCAAGGUGUCGAAGCCAUUGAACAAUUUCUUCAGCGAGGAGAAUCUGGAGACAAUGAGAGUGACGGGGAAGGAAUUGGAGAUUCCUGAUGCACCAGCCUAUGAAGACGAAGCUAUUCCGGUGACAACCUUCAAUGCAGAUGAUGAUAACGACUUUGGAGAUGGUGAUGCUGAUCAAGACGAUGCAGCUUUCGCCGAAGAAGACUAAAAGCUAAAAACGUCGAGCUGAUACAGAUUUUGCUAGGGACUUACGCAUGUUGAUUCAACUAUAUCUUGGUUCUAAGUUUUGUAGUAUUUUUUUGGGGUUUAGAUAAGUUAAAUCUGACGUCUGCUACAAAACUUAAGAACUCAUGUUUGUUGGCCAUGAUGAGGCAACCUUACAUGACAUAUUGACCAUAAUUAGGCAAUAUUUAAAAGACAUUUAAUAUUUUUGGUAUUAUUAAUAUAUUAAUGAGAACAAGCAAAGCUGAUAUCGUUCACCAAUCCAUGCAGGGAGAAACACAGUUUCAAAAAUAAAAUAUUGAGAAACCAAAGCACCGGAUUAACUUGGAAUUAUGAAAGUGGUAUUGGGUGGACGAACAAAGAUUUCAUAAAGUGUUCGGUUUUGCCUUUGGGAUCAGUGUAUCCAUCACCUUCUGUGUAGAACACAUCGAAGAGACGUGCAAAGUUGAAGCAUCGAAGAAGAAGUUGGCGAGGUACAUGGUCAUGUGAGUUGAUGAACUCCUCCACAACCACUUUGUAAUUUUCUCUAUAAAUCUUACGUAUCCCUUUGCAUGCUUCUUCCUUGGUGACUCCAUGUUGUUUCAUGUAACAGUUUACUCCAUUAGCCACCUCGCCUCUGCUCAUCUCGGUCUCGUAGCUGCCUACAUCAUUUACUAGACGGAACAUUAUACUCAGAGAUUUGAUGAUUAGGGGUUUUGAAUUGAGCCAGUCAAAAGCUUCUUUCUCAUUGAUAUCGUCCAUACCAAUAAAGGAGUAUGCUGCAUAGUCACCCAUCCCGCCUGAUAUCAACCCAACCUCCAUGUACUCAUCAAAUGUCGAUACGUGACCCGAGCGUGCCCACUUUGUUACAUCUAGGUACGCUUUCACAAGGACCUGGAGCUUCUCUACCGCUUGUUUCACGCCAUAUGAUCUUCCUUUAGGUUUCACUUCUUGUUCAAUUACUCUUAUGGCUUCAAACAAACUUUCAAGAACGACUCGCAAAUAGUUUGGUAGUUUAUCACUGGCACCAAUUUCCCACCUCAACAAACAUUCCGUAAAAAGUGUAGCUUCGGGAAAAGUAGCAUAUGCAUCAUAUGUGUCAUCCACAACAACGACGAGCUGUAUAAAUUUAGAGACUAUAAGUCUUCCAAGUGAAUAGUGUGGCUCGAAGUAUGGUCCCAAAGACCCGAGAUGGCACUCCACCAUUCUAUCCCUUACGUAAGGUAGCUUAGAUGCUACACCUAAGUCCUUCCACCAUCUGUAUUAACCAUAAAAACAAAAUUAAAGUUGAUAUGGAGACUGAUGUUAUCUACAAUGUUCAAGAUGAAUAUGUCACUUGGUGAGGGUUUUGAGCUCUUGGAUGUAAUGAAGCUGGCAAAAGUUGAAGCUAAGCUUUGAAAACUUGAGCAGGACCAUGUCGUGACCUUCUUCUUGUUCGUAGUAAGAUAUAUAUUCUCUUGCCAUUAGUAUUUCUAUGUUAUUGUAUCGAGGUAUGUAUAAUGUCUUUUGUAUAUGCUUCAAGAGAUGGGGAGCAACAUUGGUUGCGUUACCAUGUGCCAAAGACUUCAAAUGAUUCUGCGUGAAACUCAGUGCUUCGUCCAUUACAUCUUCAGAGGGUGUCCCAAGAUGCGCAACUUCGAACAACUGUAGCAUCCCUCUAACAUCGCUGGCUACACUAUCCAAGAACCUCCCAUCUUCACAUCUGAAUAUAUCAAAGACAUCACAAGAUAUCUUGUGACCGUAUAGCCUAAAGACCUCGAACAUGAUGGCGAUAGUCUCUAAAUCAACUUCGCCAACAAUUAGGUCAUCCAACUUUGUGAAACUUUGGUUAAGUAUCUCUUGAAUCUCCUUAUCGAAAUGAUAAGAGAUCCCGAGGCUGAUAAGCAAAUGGAUGAGACGAAUCUUGUCCUUGUCGCUGCUUUGAGAAGACAUGAGCAUAUCUUUAACGAUCGGCUUAUUAAUCUCAAUCUCCUUUUCUAGUUCAUCAAAUUCAGAGCGGGCGAGGGGAACAGUGAGGAAGUGAUCUCCCCAAAUUGACGGAGAAAAAAGUUCGUCAACGGUCGACUACUCUCAAGAUCAUCACUACUCUUCGUUGACCUUACAAUGAACAAGUUGGGUUUUGUGGGUUUGAGAGAAAGACUGUGGUUGUGUAGUAAACGGCGAGGAAAGAGAGAGAGGUUGUUCUUAAGGCAGAGAGGGGUUUUGUGAAGCUGAGAGAAAGCUCCGAGUCCAAAACUCAUUCUUGUUGCUUCCAUUUUUAGUAAUCCGGCCCUCAAGAAAGAUAGACAUAGCUACUCUGUUUUCUGAUACAAACAAGAAGGUGUACGGUAUUUUUCCAUAAUGCGGCUGCUGCUCUCAAAUGUUUAUGUUGUUGCCUUUAGCAUUAUGUGUAAAUGAACAGUUGAAAAAACGUGCAUAGAAACUUAAAAAGGAGAAAAAUCUCAGACGCGUAGAUUCUGG